GCACAUUUUGGCCACCAGGCGUCUCCUUAUAGCCUCUUUCCCGAGAUAAAUACUCUCGUCAGCACUAUUCAGUACCACACGCUUCACUCGAACGAAGGGUUGGAAGAAAACGUAUCCUACAAGCUCUACGGUUGUCAGAGGGAAUGGCAAUGAGGAGGAACAGGAGGUGGCUAGCAGCAGCCCUGGCAAUGCUGGGUCUUGCUAUGUGUUGGCCCUGCUCUACUGGGGACACUGGUCCAGAGUGCACUCGUGUCACUGGGGAGACUGGUAAAAGUGGCAGUGAGUAUCUGUCCACUAUCGACACCCAGAUGGCAGAACAGACCCAGCGGCAGCACCUGGAAGCUCUGUUUGACAGGUACGGGGAGAAUGGCACCAUUUCGCUGGCAGGCCUGAAGCGUCUAUUGGAAAACGUGGGACUCGACCGAAUACGGAAAGUCAUGGUGCAACACCAUGAACAACCCGACGAGGAUGGAGCAGAGGGGUAUCGGCGUGGACACCACAACCACCACCGUAACCACCAACACGAGGACGACCAUAAUGGCACACACCGUCAAAAGCACUCCCACCCCCCACCCAUUGAGCCCAAGAAGGUUCCCCAGACCCCCAAGGUGCCCAAAGUAGAGGACCCCACCCCGGGGAAGAAAGUGGAGAAUUUGGAUGCCCACCAUAACCUCUAUGUGAAGAAAACCGCAUCGCAGGAGAUUAGCACCACCACUGCGUACACCACCAAUGUCCUAGUGAAGUCCGAGGCAGUGCGCAGUCGGCGGGAAGCGGACUCUGACUCAGCCCACACUGCUAGUCUGACCACUGUCACACAGGACAGCAACUCUCUGGUCACUGAGAACCAAACCCAGCCAAUCAUGGUCAGGCAGGAGGGCUCGGAUGACCAGCACUUAGAUGACCAUGACCACGAUAAUGACCAUAAUGAUCACAACCAUGAUCAUGAACACAGUCAUGAUGACCACAGCCAUGGUCAGGACAGCCUCCACAACCAGAGUCAAGAUCACAUACAGGAGAAAGCAGAGUGUAUGAAUGCCUCCAGUAUCCUGUCGUCCCAUGGGAUGGCCAAAGGGGCCCUGUCUCUCAGUGACUUCAGCUACCUCUGUCCUGCCCUUCUCAACCAGAUCGACGCCAAGUCCUGCAUACUGCACGGCAACCAACCACCCCAGCAUGUUGACAAAGUUCACAAGCAUCAUAAUACCCAUUUCCAUGGUCAUCACAACCAUGACCAUCACAACCAUGACCAUCACAACCAUGAUCACACUCAGGAGGAUCACCAAGUGAAUGAAAACAAGAAAGUAUGCUCAAUUCAAGCAGCGUGGGCCGGCGGCUUUGUCUCCAUCACCAUCAUCAGCCUGCUGUCCUUGGCGGGCGUGGUGCUCAUCCCAUUGAUGAACCGCGUCUUCUUCAAGUUCCUGCUCAGUUUCCUGGUGGCGCUAGCCGUGGGCACGCUGAGCGGAGACGCCUUUCUGCACCUCAUACCCCACUCUCAGGGGGGCCACCACCACCGUCAGCACUCUGUGAACAAGACGUCAGGGCACGGUCUCCACGGGGAGGAGGAAGAGGACCAUAACCUGGACGGGGUGUGGAAGGGGCUGACGGCCCUGGGCGGAGUCUACUUCAUGUUCCUCAUCGAGCACUUCCUCACGCUGGGCAAAAUGUACAAGGACAAACAGAAGGUGAAGAAAUAUGACCAGAAUGAUGACAAGGUGGAUCCUGAGAAACUACAGGCGCUGGAGGAGAACGACCUAAAGCCAACUGAAGACGUGAAUACUAACGGCGGUGGCAACUUCGGCGACCACCACAGCGACGGGCUCCACCGGGGCAGCGAGGAAGAGGAGGUAAUGCUGGCGCCCGCCACCUUGCCCGAGGGCUACGCAUCCAUGUCGGGCUCGGCGGCUGCCGCAAUGGCCUACACAGCAGGGGACUGUGAGAACAAGUGCCACUCCCACUUCCACGACACGGUGGGCGAGGCGGACAACCUGCACCACCACCACCACGAAUACCACCACAUUCUGCACCACCACCACUCUCAGAACCACCAUCCACACAGCCACUCGCACUCGUACUCGGAGCAACACUUCCAGCAGGCGGGCGUGGCCACGCUGGCCUGGAUGGUUAUCAUGGGCGAUGGUCUGCACAACUUCAGUGACGGUCUGGCCAUUGGGGCAGCGUUCACGGAAGGACUGUCCAGUGGCCUCAGUACGUCGGUAGCCGUGUUCUGCCAUGAACUGCCGCACGAGCUGGGUGACUUUGCUGUGCUGCUGAAGGCCGGCAUGACAGUGCGGCAGGCCAUUCUUUACAACGUGCUGUCUGCCAUGAUGGCAUACCUGGGCAUGAUCACGGGCAUCCUCAUCGGGCACUACGCUGACAACAUCUGCAUGUGGAUCUUCGCCCUCACCGCCGGGCUCUUCAUGUAUGUCGCCCUGGUGGACAUGGUCCCGGAGAUGCUCCACAACGAUGCUGGGGACCAUGGCUUCAGCCAUUGCGGCUUCUUCCUGCUCCAGAACGCAGGCAUCCUUUUGGGCUUCUGCAUCAUGCUGCUCAUCGCCAUCUUUGAACACAAAAUCCAACUGGAAAUAGACCUCUAAACGGUUGGAUCUCAAACCUGGUCUCCAAGGACCCCUGUGUUUGCAGGUUUGAAUCCAAACCGAACUUGGUACUGGGAGAAGGAAUAGAUGAAUCGAACAUGGUUAGUUGAUUAGAACAGAAUGUAGCCUUCAGUUUGAUUGUAAGCCCACAUGCACAGGCAUCCUUGGAAGACCAGCAGUGUUGAGAAACACUCCUCGAACUGACAGGACCAAGCGCCGUGUGUCUCAGCUGCCAAGUGGCCACAUCACGAGUCAGCCAUUACUGUGUCUUUACCUCUCAUCUCCUCUCCUCCAAGAAGUGAAAAAUAAUAAUGGUAAUGAUUAGUGUGAACAUUUCUUUUUGGUCAAGAUUCACCUGUUGCAAAAUGUCAAUUGGCAUGUAUUCUGUAUGUGUGUUAUGUUUGUCAAACCUUUUGGUGUUGCAUAGCUGUCUGUCUUCCCUCAGUGUGCUUCAUGUUUUAUUUCUGGUCAAGAUUUACAGUAAAAAAAAAAAAAAUAGAGGACCACGUUUUGUUGACGGGAUGUUUGGAAAAAACAAGCUUUAUUUGUGGGCGUCAGAACAAGGGCCAAUCCUUUUUAUUUGGUUUAUUUCAAACCCUUAUGUCACAUUCCUGAGACAAGUGAAAGCUCAUUGAUUGGGGAGGGCAAUUGGGCAAGGAGGCUUCAUGCCCAAUUUCUGGGCACUGUUGCACAAGUUGUGACUUUAAACAUUAUAAAUCUGCCAGUCGCCUUGAGCUUGUUUUAAUCCCAACCUAACCCACCUCCUUGGUAACAGUGCACCACAUCUUUAACUGCCCAAUCAAAACUAAUCAAGCCAAUUUAAGGGCAGUUAAUUUCACUAUGCCUCUGGAAUUGUAUGCAUAGUGUUAUGCUCGGUGGGGGGAAAGAACUUAAUCGGUCUUUGAAGUCUGUUACACUGUCCUCACAGAGGAAACUUGGUUGUAAAUGUGUUGUAAAUUAUCCUUGAUUUGAAGAGACUGCAGAGCUAUUGCAGAGGUACUGUAUCUGACAAUUAACACUCUGUUGAGCAUUUCCUCCCCAUGAAAAUAGUCUAUUAGAGAAAAAAGGCUCCAAAUCUCUAUCCCGAAGUUUGUUCAUUUAGCCAGUGUCAGUAGGAUAUCCAGUCAUGGGACUAGAUAGAUACAUAUCUAUCACAGAUUGUGAUUUGGAGGCCUUUUUUCGAUCUGAUACAUGAAUGAAUUUUAUCUUCACUAAGUUAUUAUAGUGGUAACUCAAAGGUCCUAUGAUGAAUGUGUGAUCUAUGUGUUCAGAAUGAAGCCACUCAAAGUGGUAUUAUGUUUUUAAGUUAUCGUGCCAAUAUCUCAUCUCGCUGUGUUUGAAAAGAUAGCCAAACCUUUGUGGUCAGGAAAAAUUCAUGUUUUCAUGUGUUUCACACACUGUUUAGGAAGAAGUACAUCAUGAAGGGAACCAUUUUUGUAUGCCAUUAUUUGACUGUUGUGUACUUCAGGCAGCUUUGGAUGUAAUAUGUGUUACUUUACAUUCCAGAAGAAAAUAAAAGUUAUUGCCUACCA